AUGGUUUCUAAGAAGGAGGAUAUAAGACAGACAGCAAGGACAACAAGUACUUCCCACCAGGGUGGCUAUUCCCAUGGCGCGGUGGUCCAUGCCCUGCAGAAAUGUGGCAUUCGUCACAUUGACACAGCAAAGAGGUAUGGCUGUGAACACCUCCUCCAAAGGGCCAUCAGAGAGAGUGGUGUGAAGAGAGAGGACCUCUGGGUAACUACCAAGCUGUGGCACAGUGAUUAUGGCUAUGACAACACAAAAAAGGCCUGCUUGGAGUCAUGUGAAAGACUCGGUGUUGAAUAUCUUGAUCUUUAUUUGAUUCACUGGCCUGAUGCACAGGUUCCAGGUAAAAGCAAUCGAGAGGUCCGAGCUGAAACCUGGAGAGCCAUGGAAGAGCUCUAUGAGAAAGGUUUGUGUAAAUCAAUUGGCGUAAGCAAUUUUCUUAUCAGCCAUCUUGAGCAACUAAAGGAGGACUGUGUGAUUACUCCACAUGUUAAUCAGGUUGAAUACCACCCUUUCCAAAGACCUCAGGAGUUGGUUGAUUAUUGUAGGAGCAGAAAUAUUGUUUUUGAAGGCUACUGUCCUUUAGCCAAAGGUGAAGCACUCACCCAUCCUACUGUCAUUCAGCUGGCAAAGAAGUAUGGCAGAACUCCAGCACAGAUUUGCAUACGCUGGAGCAUACAGAAUGGGGUUGUCACUAUUCCAAAGUCAACAAAGGCAGAACGGAUAGAGGAAAACUGCAAGGUGUUUGAUUUUACAAUAGCAGAAGAUGAUGUUGAAAUUCUGAAUGGAAUGCAUGAUGGGAGACAUGUUUCCUGGGAUCCAAGUUUUAUUGUGUGA